AUGCAGCAGGUCAACCAGCUGCGAUCCAAUCGUACAAGCCGCCAGGUACAUGCAACGUCAGCCAGGUUCAACAUGGGCUUCACAGCCAUCAAUACAACUAGGGCAGGCGGUGAUACAGCGUCGACGGCUUCUGGUGAAAGAGGCAACCAGGAUGCUGCCAGUCCUGCGACCAUUGCCUCGGAAUAUCUUGGCCGUGGUCAGGCUGAAGCCACUGCUGCUCCAGUGGCAGCAACGUCCAAGAAAGUCGGCACAAAAGGCAAAAAGCGUGCUGCAACGACAACGGGAACUACCCAGAAGAAGCGGCGCAAGUCGAGCAAUGUUGAUGAUGGCCUGCAAGUUAUCAAGGCUCGUCCUCCCAACGAGCCGAACGAGUCCACCAAUCCGUCAAAGCCACUGGCUACGGUGAUCACAACUGGGAGCAUGCCGAAGAAAAAGUUGUCCGCAGUUACGAAGAAGCGGAAGGACGACUCGCAAUAUGUAGGUGGCGAUCUUGCUGAGGACUUGCCGAGCAAGGCAAAACCUGUCUCGCUCUGUGCUCAAACGACUUCAAUGGAUACGCUCGAUUCAACAUCAGCGCGGACGUCCAUAGACUCUGUCAAGGCGAACGCCGGACAGAGCAUCACUGUGUACCAGGAUCCCUCUUCCAGCAUAUCUCAUCAAUCGAAUGUGGAACAUUCGCAACCGUUGCUGCACGAUGCUACCAAUGUACAGGCAAACGCGAAGAGGAACCAAAAUCCUAUCGGUAGCAAGACUGACAGGAUUCAGGCGGCCACUACUGAUGCUGCUGUUGAUGCUGCAAGCACCGCAAUGAGACGCAGCGCCCGCGCCAAGCCGUCAGUCAAUUAUGUAGAUCAAGAUGGUUUCAUCACGAUCGAAGAUACCGAAUCGUCAGACGAUGGUCUUGCACAACGCCGCAGCACGACGACCCGUCGAAGAACACGAAGCUCAGAGAAAAUCGGCGCAGACGAUGGCUUUGGCGAAAUCGACGACGAUGAUAUCUUGGAAUCAGCCAUGACCAUUGACGAUGCAAUAGUCAAUCGACCAGCAACGCCACCGCCUCGUGGCCGCAAGCAGAACAUGCGUGAUGUCGAUGAGCAUGAAGACUAUGGCGGUGCACUGUUGACCACUGACGACCUUAAGCUGUUAGCGCAAAUCAAAACCAAACACACUUCAAAGGAGCCCACAACCAAACCCAUCGUCCGCAACCCUGUCCCACCCCCUAUCUUCGACCGCUCCCCUCUUUUCGGCGCCUCCAAUACCACCCUCCUCCGAACCUGCUUCCGCGUCGGCGAAGCCCUCAAUACUGGGUCUCAAGCAGUCCGCGCCAAUGAAAAUGUCAUCAUCGAACUAUACGCUCGCAUCACAUCUUCCUGGCGAGACACACCACCUGGUCGGAAGCAACAUUUUGUUUUCAAGGAUCUAUAUCAUGACAAGCCGCCGUAUCUGGAAGGCGUGUUUGAGUUGUGGGAUCAGGCGCAGCUUUGGGAUCUAGAUAGUAAGCCGUUUCUAAAAGCGGAGGAGAAGAGCGGGAUGAUGUGCAGGGCGAUCGCGAGGAUGAGGAGAGAAGGGAUGAAGUGGAAACUGGAGGUGCUGAGCGUGUGGGAGGCGAAUUGGGAGGAUGUUGACUUUGUUGCUGGCGUUUGCAACGGAGAUGUCACGAAGGAUGGUGAUGAGGAGUGA